AUGGCCACAUCAGGCUCCCAGGGCGCCUCGCGUAAGACGAACGGUGUCCUUCCUGUCUCUGGCCAGCAGACGGCCGCCGAUACGCCGAAGUCGAAUAAGAGUCGUGCUGCGGUCGAAGGCCACAAAGUGGUUAUCAGGCGAUUGCCCCCGGGCUUGACGGAGCAGGAACUAUGGAACAAGCUUGGAGAUGAGUGGAAGGCUGGACAGGGUCUUGUCAGCUGGCACAACUUCGAGGCCGGCAAGAUCUCUCAAGACGCUGCGAAGCCGUCGCGGCCGGCAAGAGUCUACCUCAACGUCUUGAAGCGCGAGGACCUGAACACCCUUUCCAACUUGAUACAGGCCAGGUCCUGGGAGGACGCCAAAAUGACGUCCAACAGCCCCUCCCUUGUCGGGCCUCCGGUUCUCGAGAUGGCGUCUUACAAUAAGAUUCCAAGCGGCAAAAAGCGCACCGACCCCAGGCAGGGAACGAUCGAUCAGGACCCGGAGUUUAUGGCCUUCCUUCAAGAUUUGACCAACCCUGAGCAGAACAAGGAGACCGAGGGUAGCGAAAGCAAGGAUGCGGCAGACGAGUCGAAGCCGGAUGCAAAGGUCACAACGACACCUCUGAUCGAGUUCCUCAAGGAGAAGAAGGCCAACAAGGCCAAAGAAGCGGCCGCAGCUAAGAGCGCGAAGCAAGCACGUCAAGAAUCUCAGAAUACCAAGGGCAAAGCAUCGGCGUCUACGGAGGAUUCGAAGAAGGGCAAGAAGGACUCUAAGACAGAGAAGUCUGCAGAGAAGCCCAAGGAGACGGUCAAGAUUCUGACCAAGAAAGCAACCGCGGACGCCGUUAAAGCAGCAGAGGCCGUUGCCAGCCAGAUCACCCAGAGUUCUUCGGCCGCUCAGGAGGCACCUAAGAGCCGACGGGCUGGUAUUGCAGCUGCUGCACGUAUUCUGCAGCGCGACCUUGGCAUCAGUCCUGGCAGCGCUCAUAGAAGGGCUCGUCUUGACGCUGCCAAGGCGGAGGCAGAAGCGAAGGCUGCGACUCCGAAGGAGCCUGCUCAGCCCGCGGCUGAAGUUCCGGCUGCUGCGGCACCACCCGCGCCGCCAGCCCAAUCCUCCUCCAAUGCUGCCCAAUCCUCGGAGCGCAACGCGGCACCCAGUGCUCCCAAGUCAGGACGCACCCGUAGAGGUGGAGGUGGUAAGAACGCGGCUGCCAAUGAAGGAAAGGGCAAGUCCAACGACACUGGUGGUUCUUCCAACACCCCAGCGCCCACCAAGACCCCUGUUGUGCUGCUUAAGAAGAGGGACGAGAAAAAGAACGAGGAGAAGGCAGAAAAGGCCGAGAAGGCCGAGAAGGAGGCCUCAUCAUCCCAACCAGCGCCCGCCAAAUCCAACCCCCCAACAGGACCUAAGGGCUCAGGGAAGGGCAGCAACUCCAAGAAGGGUGCCAGCUCUGUCACAGUCACCCCUGGCGCCACCCGCGGCUUCGUCAAGCACGCCAACCCGUCCCAGGGUGUGACCGAGAACCUCCUAAAGCAGGCCAUGGAAGCGUUUGGGACCGUCAUCUUCGUCGAGAUCGAUAAGCGUAAGGGCUUCGCCUACGUUGACUUCUCCGACCACGACGGUCUCGCCAAGGCCAUCGCCGCCAGCCCAGUCACUGUUGCCCAAGGCACUGUUCAGGUUCUCGAGCGCAAGGAAAAGAAGCCCGCCGCCAGCAACGCCGCCAGCACCAACAACUCUGGCAACGCAGCUUCCUCCUCCAAUGCGCCCGCGGCAUCCUCCUCAGCUUCCGGCGCAAACAAGGAAAAGGACGCCAACGCAACGAACAACCCUGACAAGCCCGAGGAGCAGCGCCACAAGCGCACCAGGCGUGGCCGUGGUGGCGGUAAGGCCGCGGCCAACAAGGAUGCGCAGCAGCAAGCUGCCGCCGCCGCUGCCGCUCCCGCUGCGGAUAAGGCUGCAGGUGCGGGAUGA